CUCUUCCAACCAAGUAAUUCUCUGUUUCUAGGAGGGGUUGUGUCUCUCCUGCAGCACCACCUGGGUGUCCUUGGGGCGCCCACCCAUGGGUGGCAGCCGAGCCCCGGCUUCAUCACAUGCCUGGCUUUGCACACGAGGCUCCACCAAACGCCAGCGCCAGGGGCUCGGGGGCAACGCCGGGGUAAGUUUGCUUAAUUUCACACCUCCAUCCAACAGGCAAACACAGACAUUCGUCACCGGCUUUUUCCAUUCCUGAUGCCAGCUCCUCUGAGUUCAACACCACGCGGCUCUGUCCGCCUGCCCUGGAGCACCAAGGCUGGAAGCCCCCGUCCUCCACUGUGGAUGAGCCGAGCAGGAGCCAGCAUGCCGUACUCCGGGAGCCUGGGGUCAGCCUGGGCAGAGCAUGGUGGAGGUGGCACUGCUGGCAUCCGGCUUAGGAUCACGGAUCUUAGAAGGGUUUGGUUUGGAAGGCACAUUAGAUAUCAUCUAGUGCAAGUCCCUGCCAUGGGCAGAGACAUCUCCUACUGGAUUAGGGGGCUCCAAGACCCAUCCAACCUGGUCUUGAACACCUCCAGAGAUGGGGCAACCAUGACUUCUCUGGGCACCCCGUGCCAGGCUCUCUCUGCCCUCAUCGUGAAGAGUUUCUUUCUAAGAUCUCAACUAAAUCUAAGCUUAUAUCCAUUCUCCCUCAUCGUAUCCUGAUAUUCCCUGACAGAACCCUUCCCCAGCUUACUUGUAGCCCCUCUUGUGAUGGGGCUUCACCCAUCUCCAUUUACCCCAGCGCUGCUUGUGGAACUGGGACCAGCUGAGGGAAUGACCAGCUUGGGAUGCCACUGGUUGAAUGAUACCAAGGUCGCCCGCUCGGGGCUGCGUCAGAGGCGCCUGGUGCUGCACCAGCUGACCUGGCCUCCAUCACAGCGCCUUGUGCUGAUAAGAAGCUGAAGGAAAGAUCAGGUUGGCUGCAAACACGUCCUUGCGGCGCUACACGUGGAAAACCUUUACUUGUAGAAGGUUAUCGGAGCAGAGCACUCGAGGACACAUCCCUUGGCAAGAAAACUGGAUGAUCUUCAGAUGAUCUUUAAGGUCCAUUCCAACCCAAACUAUUCUAUCAUUCUAUGAAGCUGCACUGGGACUGCUCCAAAGGGCUCUUAGAUGGCAUCUUUGCCCCAGCACGCUGGGUGUCUGCACGCAGGGAAGAUGCUGUACCUGGUGGGAAAAGCCCUCUUCUCCACAGCACCCAGCGACUUUCACCACUGCACAGAGUUUCACCAUCUGGCACAAGGGCUCAUGGUGAACUCCUCGAGCUUCUGCAAAUCCCGUUCCUAAAGAAGAGGGUUUCAGAGCUGAGGUUUGCUUGAUCACCUCAUGCUGGGAGCCCUUUGGAAGCUCCCUUGCACCUUGGCAGUGGUGGGAGGCUCUACCUCUGCAGAACUUGGCAGCACUCAUGGGAGGAAGUUUGGAGAGCUGUGAGAGCUCCCACCUUCACACCCAUUUGCCCUCCAAGGACUGAGAGCCAGGGCUUCGUCCAAGGAGGCAGCUCAGGAGCUGCCAGGCUUGCCACGUUCUCCAUGCUGGGGGCAGGUUUGGAGGUGCUGGCGAUGCCGGGUGGAUUUCCGCCUGUUUAAGGGAAAGUUGUUAGCUGGCACACUGAUUGAGCAGAACACAACUCCUCGGGGUUACUUCAUGUAUGACAACAGCGUGGAGUUUCCCACCGAACAGAUCUGGUCUCCAGGUGAUCCCUGUGAGUUAUGCAUCUGCCAGGCAGACGGCUGAGCUGCAAGAGGACGGACUGUGUGAAGACCUGUCCCUACCCCAUCCUCAUCCCUGGGCAGUGCUGCCCCAACUGCUCAGCAGGCUGCAACUACGUGGGAAGGAUUUUCUACAACAACGAGACCUUCCCCUCUGUCCUGGACCCCUGUCUCAGCUGCAUCUGCUUGCUGGGCUCGGUGGCCUGUUCGCCCGUGGACUGUGCCAUCUUCUGCACCUACCCCUUCCACCCCGAGGGCGAGUGCUGCCCUGUCUGUAACGACUGCAACUACCAGGGGAGGAAGGUGGUGAAUGGGCAGACCUUCAUCCCUGAGGGACAGCCCUGCACGCGCUGUACCUGCCAGGUGAGCAGUGGGGUAUCUGUGGGGUGUCUGUGGGACUGGGGAAUGGAUGGUAGGGAUGGUUCAUCCCCAAAUUUACGGUUGGGGUUGAUGACCUCAAAAGAUCUUUUCCAACCUAAUGACUCUCUGAUUCUAUAACUUGAACCCAUGAACCCAUGAGGUUCAUCAAGGCCAAGGGCAAAGUUCUACAUCUUGAUUGAGGCAGUCUGUGGCUUCAAUCCAGGAUGGGGGAUGCUGUGAGUGGGAGCAGCCCCGAGGAGAAGGACUUGGGGUGCUGGGGGAGGAGAGGCUCAACAUGAGCUGGCAAAGUGUGCUGCCAUCCCAGAAACCGCCUGCGUCCUGGGCUGCAUCCAGAGCAGUGGGACCAGCAGGGAGGGAGGGGAUUCUGACCCUCUGCUCCGCUCUCUGAGACCCACCUGGAGCCCUGCAUCCAGUUCUGGAGUCCUCAGCACAGGGAUUACAUGGAGCUGUUGGAGCGAGUGCAGAGGCGGCCACAAAGAUGAUGCGAGGGCUGGAGCACCUCUUGACCAAGGCCAGGCUGGGAGAGUUGGGGUUGUUCAGCCUGGAGAAGAGAAGGCUGGAUCGGGGGGUGCAGGGACAGGACGAGGGAAAGGGUUGAAGCUGGAAGGGGGGGAGAUGGAGAUGAGAUCUUAGGCAGAAAUGCUUUCCUGUGAGGGUGAGGAGACCCUG